AGGUUGGCGUGAAGGACACCAUCUACCUAUUUCUAAAUCAACUUGCCAAGACUGGAAUGCCAUAGAAUUAGAACUCAACCCUGAAGCCUCACCACUUGCUGGCAUAUUUUCUCUGUUCAAAAAGAAUUAUUAGAAAAUAUUUUCACCCGAUGAAAGUUCAUUUUUAGCAUCGUUUCCAAACGUGUCAGGUUGAUGACUUAAAUAUAUCUGCCUGUCUCUAUGGCAUGAUUUCUUGGACAUAUAGCUGUUUGUAAUUAAUUUUAAGCAUCUAUAUAUAAGUCGAAGCCAAGAUUCGAGUCAUCUACGUUUUCUUAUUACUGCUUAUUUCAACGUGCAAGGCAAAAGCAUCCCUGACAUAACUUUGGCUUUGCUUUACAGCCACUUCAGGGAAAUUUUAUUUAGAUGCUCCUGGCUCCUAAGCUAGAUGGUUUUCAUUCAAUUAACCAUGGCUCAUGAACUCUAUACUCUGCAGAUACUAGCCUUAAUCUUUUCAUUUGCGCCGGCUGUUAGUCCCUUGAGUUUUAGCUAUCCUGCAGUUUUUAACUUCGGUGAUUCAAAUUCAGACACUGGUGGUCUGGUUGCCGGAGUGGCUUUUCCAGUAGGACCUCCCAAUGGACAAACCUACUUCCAGGAGCCGGCAGGGCGGUUUUGCGACGGCCGCUUGAUUAUCGAUUUUCUGAUGGAUGCGAUGGACCGUCCAUUUCUGAGUCCAUAUCUGGAUUCUGUAGGUGCCCCUAACUUCCAAACGGGGUGUAAUUUUGCAACUGGAGGAUCUACUGUACUUCCAGCAAAUGCAAAUUCCAGAAGUCCAUUUUCAUUUGGAAUUCAGGUGGCUCAAUUUAUCAGAUUCAAAGCUCGGGUUCUUGAAUUACUAGCUAAAGGAGAGAAAUUUCAGAAGUAUCUCCCCCCAGAAAAUUACAUCAAGCAAGGCCUUUACAUGUUUGAUGUGGGUCAGAAUGAUCUCGACGGUGCAUUGUACUCGAAAUCAGUGGACCAAAUGCUAGCUUAUAUUCCCAAAAUCUUGUCAGAGUUUGAGACUGGAAUUCAGAGAUUAUAUAACGAGGGUGCCAGGAAUUUCUGGAUUCAUAGCACAGGACCACUUGGCUGCUUACCCAGAAUUAUUGCAACAUUUGGGAAAACCGCAUCAAAGCUCGACCAGAUUGGAUGUGUUAACUCACACAACCGAGUAGCAAAAGCUUUCAACAAACAGUUACAUGAUCUUUGUACAGAGUUUCGAGCACAAUUUCCUGAUGCUAGUGUCACUUAUGUGGACAUUUUCUCAAUAAAGUGGAACCUCAUUUCAAAUUUUUCUCAGUAUGGCUUCAAACAGGCUUUAGCAGCCUGCUGUGGAUAUGGUGGGCCGCCAUUAAAUUUUGACAACAGGAUUGCUUGUGGUGAAACCAAGAAUUUGAAUGGUAGCACAGUGACUGCAAACCCUUGCAGCAAUACUGCUGAAUACGUGAAUUGGGAUGGAAACCAUUAUACAGAAGCAGCAAACCGAUAUGUUUCAGACCAAAUUCUAUCAGGAAAUUACUCUGACCCACCUCUAACAGUAAACAGGCCAUUUAAUUACAAACCAAAGUUCAUUAACUACAAAAUGUUGUACUAACUGUUCUUUGGUUUCCUUAAAUUUUUAUGCCAAAUGACUGCCAAUAUCGUACUAGUUCCGUUGAGAUUGGUUGGGUCAUUGCUUAGGAGGACACAUUAUUAAUGACAAAAAAGAGAAGAUUUCUCAUGUUAA